AUGACAACAACAUCAAAGAUAUUUGGAGUGGACCUGGAGACGAUUGUUCAGGCCCAGGAUGGAAAACAACCUAGAUCAAUAACAGAUAACUCAUCAUUCCCAAAGAAUCUACCAUUUAUUUUGAUCGAGCUAGUGAAUUGGCUGGAACAUCAUAAUGCCUCCAACGAGGAGGGUCUAUUCAGAAUACCAGGCAACACUCAGACCAUACAGGAUUUGAAAUCAGCCUACAACCAAGGCAAUGCCGAUCUCGACAAAUACAACCAAGCCGAUAUCCACACCAUAGCAGGAUUGCUCAAACUAUAUCUACGCGAGUUACCAGAACCAUUAUUCAUCUGGCGAUAUUAUUCAACCUUUAUAAAGGUGAUCAAGAACCAGGAUCAUUUACAAAGGAUGCUACAUCUUAGGAUGUUGGUAUAUGGACUUCCAAAGAUAAAUAGAGAGGUGUUAUUAUAUUUAAUGUCAUUCCUGAAUAGGAUAUCAUUGAAUGCCAAUGUCAACAAGAUGACCUCGGCAAACCUUGCAAUGAUAUUCGCGCCCAACAUCCUCCGUCACCAAAAAGAGAGUCUAAGUCAGAUCAUGGAGGAUUCAUCACACAUCAACAGCAUCAUCAAAUCACUCAUAGAAGAGAUAUCAUACAUGUCAAAGAUGACAUCACAUCUUGUAUCAUCACAGGAAGAUGUUCCUGUACCUAAAUUACCACAAUCAGAUUUACCAUCAUCGAGGAUUGAUUUGACGACAGAGAUGGUGAUCAAUCAACAACAUAAUGAGUUUUUGUUUGCCAGAGCAUUGUAUCCUUACAAGUCGAAUGGAAAGACACAUCUACAAUUUUCAAAGAAUGAUAUGAUCACAUUGUUGGAUAUCAAGUCCGAGGAUGGUUGGAUGAAGGGAGAGUUCAGCGGUCGUGUUGGAUACUUCCCCGCAUCAUUCGUCGAGAUCGUCGCCACACCGCCACCAACAACGCCACAAACAUUGUUAUCCAUAUCCGAAGUGGACGAACAAUUGCACGUCAGUCUAUCAUCCAGUUGUUGUGGCAACAAUAAUGGUGGCGCCACUGGCAACACUGUUACCAACACCCCAACAUCAUUAUCGAUACUCACUUCAAGCUCACUUUGUAGUUAUGUAAUAUCCAUUCCAACUCUAUCCUCUUCAUCAUCAGCCUCACCCAACAAACAAUCACCAACUCUCGAAUCCAGUGGCGAACAAAUCACAUCACCUCUUAUGAGUUCCAGUUCCGACGUCUCAUCGACAACACCCCUCGCCAGUCAAGUCGCCACACCCACAGUCAUGUCGGAAACGCGUCAACAACAGCCAACAGUAUCACACUUUAGGAAGGCCACUCCCCACGCCACACUGAUGCUCAAUUUACCAUUGCCACCUCCUCCACCUCCCGAGAUCCAGCUUACUUCACCCAAGUCGCUCAACCUUCCGCCUCCACCCUCAGCCUUCUCAUGUGGUGAGUCAUUGAACACAAGCAGUAGCCUGUUGUCCAUAAGCUCCGACUCUACAUCUGGCUCAUGUUCAUUCUUGGUCGAGUCAUUGCAGUCUGUCAGUUGUUCACUACAGGCUUCAUCACAGGAUGUAUGUGACCUCAAGGAGAUGUCAAGCGAGUUCAAGUCCGCAGACAUUUGCAGGAAGCGCAAGGAGCGUGCCGAAGAGAUGUUGCGCACAGAGAAGACCUACGUCAAGCAACUGAGUGUCAUCUAUGAACUGUUUAUCGAGCCAUCCAAGCGUACCAAGUCAUUUGCAUUGUCGGACGAGUUGCUCAACGUCUUUAGCUGUCUAGAGGUGAUCAUCAACGCACAUCGAGCUCAUAUUCUCAAGGCAUUGGACGAGCGAAUGUUGAUAUGGGACGAGUGUCCACGAAUGGGAGACAUCUUCUGCAACAACACAUCAUUCAUCAAGCUCUACAAACAUUAUGUCAACAACUACGACAAGUCGAUCGCAUCACUACAGCAGUGCAAGGACAAGAAUGCAGAGUUCCGAAACUUUGUCAAGAGUUUGGAUUACAGCGAUCGUCUCUCUGGCCUGAACGUGGAGUCGUUCCUCAUCCUUCCCGUUCAGCGCAUACCUCGAUAUGUACUCUUGUUGCAAGAUCUCCUCAAGUACACGAGCAGCUCACACGAGGACUAUGUCCAGUUAAACGAGGCACUGUGCACGAUCAAGGACUUUGCCGAGACCAUCAACUUUAAGAAGAGCGAGGCCGACAACUAUUUGCGCAUUCAACAACUCCAGGACCAGAUCAAGGACCUGCCUAGAGGCUAUGCAUUCGAUCGCCGGAAGCGACUGGUACACGAGGGUCUGCUGCAGACAUCAAAGAAGGAGAAGCUCUAUGUUUAUUUGUUCUCAGAUGCGCUGAUAUUGACCAAGCCAGGCAAGGACAAGAACAGGUUCAAGUUGUUUAUCAAUCUCCAGACGACAUCACUCAACACCACAGAUGAUGCCAAUGUGAUCAAGAUCAUCAGUCAGGAGGGAACGAUCAAGUUCCAAUGUGACAAUGCAAAGGAUCGCGAGUUGUGGACCAGGACGCUCAAGGAGACCAUCGAGGCAGCACGCCAGGAGAUGAUCCAGUCAGCGUUUGGCGCCACUCUGUUGUCGUUGGGAGAGGGCAGCAAAGGCUUCAACAAGAUACAGGACGAGAAGAACGCGCUCAAGAAGAAGAAGUUGGCCGAAGACUUAUGCUCAAGCGAGUUGGAGUAUGUCCAAGCAUUGACCUACACGCAGACUGUGUUCCUUGGACCAAUCAGACGAUCACUUGGCACUUCCGCGCCACUGGUCAGCUACGCCGAUGGUCUGGACAUCUGUUCCAACUUUGAGACACUGCUCAACUGCCACACGACCUUUGCUGAGGUGCUGAAGGAGCGUGUGCAGGACUGGGACAACAAGCCAAUCCUCUCGGACCUGUUCAUCGAGAAGGCAGCCUUCCUAAAGCUGUACAACUACUAUGUCCAGAACCACAAUCUGAGUCUCAGCACAAUCGAGUCAUGCGUAGAGAAGAGUCAGAACUUUGCUAUCUACCUGCGCAACAUUGAGUUCAACGAGAAGGCAGAGCUGAAGCAUCUGUUGGCUGAGCCCCUGCGUCGCAUCUCUCGGUACUACCUCAUUCUACAAGAGUUCCUACAGUUGACACGACCCAAACAAGACGAUCAUGACAACCUGCUAAAGGUUGUGGCGAAGCUUAAGGAACAGAAUGACACCUACACAAUCUCGACGAUGCGCGACACCAGCGGUGCCAGUGGCAAGUCAUCGCCACACAAGUCCAAGUCAAUGCGAGUCAAGCCUCCCAAGUUGUCCAAAGAGGGCAAGAUUAACCAGACUAGUUUCUUUGCUGUUUGA